GAUUAAAAAUGGAUGUGAAAUAUGUUUUAGUUUCUGAUUUUGAGAAAGUUUGUCGUAUUUGUAUGAAAUUUGACAAAACUUUCUUGUCAAUAAACUCGUUUCAAAUAAUUGAUAUGAUAAUAGCAUGUGCUUCUGUACAGAUUUGGGAAAAUGAUGAUCUACCAAAUCAAAUAUGUGAUGGAUGCUUUCUUCAAUUACAAAAUACCAUUAAUUUUAAACAGCUAUGUGAAAAUUCAGAUGUUGCAUUUCGUCAAAUUAUUGAACAGAGUAAGAACAAAAUAUGGAAUAAUCAAAAUGAAUUGGACAACGUAAAAAAAGAAGAUGCGGAAAGUCUUAAUUUUCCUGUUUACGUCAAAGAAGAAAAUGAUGAUGAAAACGUUAUAAAUCUGAGCAAGGAUGAUACAAAAAAGUCCAAACCAGACAAUAUUGAAGAAAAGUCGGAGAUUAAAAACGAAAGUAAGUCAGAAUUGAAUAAAACAAGGACUAGGAAGAAAAUUAUUCAAUAUCAAUUUGAUGAAGAAAGUAAUGGAUUUGAUGAUGUAAAAGACGAAAAUGAUGCCGAUUAUGAUAGUGAAAGUGAAAGUGAAAAGCCCAAUUCAGGAGAACAAUCACAUGUGAAUAAUUACAAAUACAAUUGUGAAACAUGUACUAAAUCAUUUAAAAAAGUCGAUGCACUUGGUUGGCACAUGAAAAAUAUUCAUAACGCAGAAGGUUUGCAAUGUGGAAGUUGUUCUCUAAUUUUUUACCAUUCGUUACAUUUAAAUGCCCAUGAAAAAUCACAUAACCAGUGUAGUAUUUGUAAUUUAUCGUUUUUAACACGAAGAAAAUUAAACACACACAUAUUAACGCAUAAAAAUACGUUAAAAUGUGAUUCAUGUGAGGAAAAAUUUCGUAAACAGCGUGAUUUGAAAAAGCACAUGCGUAAAAUGCAUCCGAAAAUGAAACAACCAAGAAAGAGAUCCCAGUACGAGAAACAAGAUGUAAGUUGUGAGCUUUGUGGUAAAAUCGUACGUCGACGUAACUUAUCCAAACAUAUGUUAUCACACAGAGAACGUAAUAAUCUUAAUUGUCGGUAUUGUGAAAAAGCAUUUUUAUCACCUGAAGCACUUAAGGAGCACAUGGAAGUUGCCCACAAGAAAUGUGUAUGCGAUCAUUGUGGUCUUAGGCUACGUCCUAAUCAAUUAAAAACACAUUUAUUAACGCACACAAAAGAGCGUCCUCAUGCUUGUGAUCGAUGCGAUAAGACUUACAGUCAAAAAUGCCAAUUGAAACAGCAUAUAUCACGUAUUCAUUUGAAUGAACGGAAAUUUGUUUGUACGUUCUGUUCACAGGCAUUUUUUGAUAAGAAAUGUUUAUUGAAUCAUGUAAGACGACAUACUGGUGAAAAACCAUUUAAAUGUCAAAUGUGUGAAAAAAGAUUUAUACAAAAAGUUGCUUUAGAUGUUCACAUGAAAACGCAUACGAAUUCCAUUUAAAAUGUACCAAGAGGGGGGAAUAAGUAAAUUGAGUCUGGAAUCCAACAUUAAAGUACUUAAAACAUAUACAAGAACUAACAAAACGCUAAUUGGUAUAAUUGCUUGCUGCUACUUGCAAGUUGUCUUGCAAGAAGUAAAUUGGACUUGGAGAACGAAUAUAAUUGCAAGAUUCAUCUACAUCUAUGGAAUAGUUACUCAGGGAUGUGCUGCAUUUAUAUAAAAAUGAAAACUGAUUUUAGAACAGAUUGCAAGCGUGUACUUUUAG